UUACAUCACCACCUUUCAAGUUUUCACGGGUACACCGAAGAAAUUUCGUCGACUGCACUUUCUCUUUCCUCGUUCAGAUUAAAAGUCUGACCCUCUACCUAUUUUAAUCAAAAAACAAAUAUGACCUCUUGAGAGAAAUCCAAGGAGGAUGACGAUGUGGAGACGGUACUCUAUCGUGGUACUGAUUGUACUAGACUUGCUUCUUUGUAUAGGUACAGCCCAACAAAUCAAGUCCAAGAAAGGCUGCAUAAGAAAAGAGACGUCCGAGUUCAAAGAUGGAGGCGUAGAGACGCAAGACCUAAUCGAUCCAGAUGAGAACGGCGUCUACCACACCAACACAAUAAACGAUAUAACAUUGUUAGGGAAGAAAUCCAGAGUUAGCAAACACAAGGCGAUAGAAUGCGAGGAUAAGGAGGACAGCUCUAGCGGCGACGACGAGGGAGAAAACACUCCCGAAAAUAUGCUACUCAAAGCAACACAACAGGAACCUUCAAAUGGUUCCAGAAAUAAUGAAAACACUAAGACUACCGAAAGAAAGUCUGACGUUUCAGACAGUCUAGGAGAUGAGAAGUUGAAGAUUAAAGAUCUCCAGUCAAGUAUUCAUCGCAAUUUAGUUAAACUUUUUCAUCAUCUGAGGCACUCUGCUAGCGGAAGGGCCAAAGACGAGGAAAAUAAAGAAGUCAUGAAAGAGAAGCAGGACAUUGUGGCAGAGGAGAAACAGAUCGCAGAUCUCCAUCAAGUGUCGUCGAGCUUUCUUAAAGGCCUAGAGCACGAAGGCGAUGUAUCUAAGCUCCUCCAUAACAACCCUAAGCUGGGUCAUCUGCUUCUUGUUAACGAGGGCAGUGGAGAGGAGGAGCGAAAGAAUGCAUCACAAGCGGCGAGAAAAGACAGCAAAGCAGAUAACCAACAGCGGAAAGUAGUACAUCCUAAUGGAACAAUUCAGAUUCAUACGAACACAGAAGAUGAGAUUGCAAAAUCUGAUAAGCAUAACAGUAGUAGAUUCGAUAUCAAGCUGAAAGCGUUUCUAGACGCCAAACGUCUUAGCAACGGCAACCUAACAGCGUUACACAAGAUGGUAAACAAGAUGCUGAAACAUCAGAAUACAACAAAACUUGGGGCUCACACCUUGCCCAAGCCAAGUCCACACAAGCCAUUCGUAGUGUCUAAGCACGACCCUUACGCCGAGAUUGCGGCAAGUCCAGAUCACCCCAAGUUGCCACCCCACAUCAAGGUCCCGAAGAGCAGUUCCCUGAUUCCUGUGGGUCUUCCAAACGAAGAUGACGCAGACGAUACCGGACCACCUGAACCACCAGCGGUACCUAACGACAAGAAGGAAGACCACGCCUCACCAGAGUUUCCCGCUGUAGGGGGAGGGGCGAUGGAUGGAGCAGGACCCAUGAUAAGGCUGCCCCCGCCCAUGGCAGGUGUAGAUGGAGCUUCUGAGGCCCCGGGACAAAACGAUGGCACCAUGGCAGGAAUGGUGAAUCCAGACUUGACGAACCAGAAGGCUUUUGACGAAAUGCGCGCUGAGGCUGUCCAAGACCAACUACAGGAGCAGCUGCAGAGACAGGCUAUGGAAGGCAUGGGAAUGGGCGGACGGGGCAUGAGGGGCGGAGGGAUGCCGAACAUGGAUGGGUUUGGCGGAAUGGAAGGUGGAAUGAAUGGAAUAGCAGGGAUGAACGGAAUGGGUGGUGGAGCAAAUGGAAUGGCUGGCGGAAUGAACGGGAUGGAAGGUGGUAUGGAUGAUAUGGCUGGUGGAAUGGGAGGAGGAAUGAAUGGCAUGGGAGCUGGAAUGAAUGCCAUGGGAGGAGGACUGAAUGGAAUAGGAGGAAUGAAUGGUAUGAGAGGAAUAGGAGGUAUGAAUGGAAUGGACGGGAUGCGAGGAUACGAGAGAGGUCCGUAUGGAGGAAGUGAAUCAUUUGGUUUGGACAGAGACGAGUACCCGGGACAAGAUGAUGCCUACAGAAGGAACCCGUAUGAGGACCAGUCCCCAUUUUCCAUGGGUGGGUACGGAGGUGGGGACCCCAUGCUAGGGAGCGACGGAGCAAAUGGUGUUCCGUCUUUGAUUGACGAGCCAGCAGUGGGAAGGGACGUGGUUCCCCUUGGGUACAGACACCGAGCGUCCAGAUACCGCACACUCUACACGCCGAGGUUUUAUGAUGAUGAUGAUGAUGAUGAAGAUGAUGACGGUUACGAAGAUGACACAGCUUCGCCUAGCGUCCGCACCCCCGAACACGAGAGAGAUGAUGACGAAGAAGAUCUAGAUGAUGGCUAUGGCGCCGAGUACGACAGGAAAACCAAGAUCGCUAAAGUACACGACAGCGGAACUACUACAAAUGUCACGAAAAAUGCCACCUGAAAGGGACAUGACGUAUUUACCAUGUGAUAUCUACUUUGCUCACCCAAAAUGGGGAUAGAAAGCCGUUUGCUUACAAGGACUAACGGAUACAAAUUCCAUAUUGCUUUUAUAAUCGCGAGAUAAACUUGACGAAUUUGCAAUUUUCGCAAACCACCUGCAUCUUUGUAAGAUUUAUCAGAAUGGAGUAUUGAAAUAAAGUUGUACAUUGGUUUUAA